UUUGGCGCCAAAUCGCGUCAACUGUCAAACAACCGUUCAUAGUUGUUGAUCGCGUUUGUAAACGCGUUUAUUUCUUUGUUAUUUCAUUGUUUUAAGUUUGUUAUUGUUUUAUAACCCAUUAAAAUGGAAGAUGGUGAAUUCGAUCAAAGAUUACGUGAUUUACAAAGAGAGUACCUUGAGUUUUUGGACGAUGAAGAAGACCAGGGUAUUUACAUGGAAAAGGUGAAGCAGAUGAUAGCAGACAAGUCGAAGCGGCUGGUUGUAAACAUAAACGACCUGCGGCGCAAGAGCCCGGAUCGCGCGAAGAAUCUGCUGGAGAACGCGUUCGAGGAGCAGGUCGCGUUCCAGAAGGCGCUGAAGGAGUACGUGUCGUCGAUGGACCCCACCUACGCCAAGCUGCAAGAGGAGUUCUUUGUGGCCUUCUCUGGAAGCUUCGGAACAAAACAUGUUACACCUAGGAGUUUGACUUCCAGGUACUUGGGCAACCUGAUCUGCGUGGAGGGCAUCGUGACGCGCGUGUCGCUGGUGCACCCCAAGGUCGUGCGCAGCGUGCACUACUGCCCCGCCACCAAGAAGGUCAUGGAGCGCAAGUACACCGACCUCACCUCCUUCGAGGCCUUCCCCACCACAGCUAUAUACCCCACCAAGGAUGACGAAGGCAACCCUCUAGAAACAGAAUUCGGGCUGUCCCGCUACAAGGACCACCAGACGCUGACGGUGCAGGAGAUGCCGGAGCGCGCGCCGGCGGGCCAGCUGCCGCGCUCCGUGGACGUGGUGUGCGACGACGACCUCGUGGACCGCUGCAAGCCCGGCGACCGCGUGCAGGUCGUCGGCAACUACCGCUGCCUGCCCAGCAAGCAGGGCAGCUUCACUGCGGGAACCUUCAGAACCAUCCUAAUAGCCAACAACGUGACGCAGAUCAACAAGGGCAUGGACCUGGCCAUCACGCUGGACGACAUCAAGCUGUGCAAGCGCAUGGCCAAGCGCAAGACGGAGGACACGUUCGAGCUGCUGGCCAAGUCGCUGGCGCCCUCCAUCCACGGCCACGACUACAUCAAGAAGGCCAUCCUGUGCCUGCUGCUCGGCGGCAUGGAGAAGGUGCUGGCCAACGGGACAAGACUCAGAGGAGACAUCAACAUCCUGCUGAUCGGCGACCCGUCGGUGGCCAAGUCGCAGCUGCUGCGCUACGUGCUGCUCACGGCGCCGCGCGCCAUCACCACCACCGGGCGCGGCUCCUCGGGCGUGGGGCUCACGGCCGCCGUCACCACGGACCCCGACACGGGCGACCGCAGGCUGGAGGCGGGCGCCAUGGUGCUGGCGGACCGCGGCGUGGUGUGCAUCGACGAGUUCGACAAGAUGUCGGACGUGGACCGCACCGCCAUCCACGAGGUCAUGGAGCAGGGCCGCGUCACCAUCGCCAAGGCGGGCGUGCACGCCUCGCUCAACGCGCGCUGCUCCGUGCUCGCCGCCGCCAACCCCGUCUACGGCCGGUAUGACCAGUACAAGACACCGAUGGAGAACAUCGGGCUGCAGGACUCGCUGCUGUCCCGCUUCGACCUGCUGUUCGUGAUGCUGGACCUGGCCGACGCCGACCACGACAGCCGCAUCUCCGAGCACGUGCUGCGGAUGCACCGCUACAGAAAUCCGAAAGAGCAAGACGGAGAGGUGCUGCCGAUGGGCUCCUCGGUCGAGAUGCUGUCCACGGACAACCCCGACAACGACGAGGUUGAGGACGGGCAGGACUCGAUCUACGAGAAGUACGACCCGCUGCUGCACGGCAACACGCGCAGCAAGAAGGAGCGCAUCCUGUCCACCAAGUUCAUGCGCAAGUUCCUGCACAUCGCGCGCCUCAUGAAGCCCAAGCUCACGCAGGACGCCUCCGACGCCAUCGCCGACGAGUACGCGCGCCUCCGCAGCCAGGACACCAUGGACAGCGACGUCGCCAGGACGCAGCCGGUGACCGCCCGCACGCUGGAGACGCUGAUCCGCCUCGCCACCGCGCACGCCAAGUGCCGCCUCAGCUUCGAGGUCACGGCCGACGACGCGCACUCCGCCAUAGAGCUCGUGCAGUACGCCUACUUCAAGAAGGUGCUGACGAAGGAGAAGCGUCGCAAGCGGCGCGCCUCGGCCGACGAGGACGACGAGGAGAACGAGCCCGGCCAGCCCCGGGCCAAGCGCACCCGCCGCACGAAGGGUGCGGCGGGUGAAGACCCCUAUACGUUCUCCUCCGACGAAGAAGCGGAGCCCGUGCUGCGCGCCGCGCACGACGCGCGCCCCGAGCCCGCCGGCGUCAGCGUCACGCGCUCGCACGACGCCGCCAUCGACGCCGACAGACUGGCGCAGUUCAAGACGGCGCUGCACGCGGUGUUCCGGGCGGAGCGCGCCACCUCGCUGCCGCUGGCGCGCAUCGCGGCCGCGCUCCGCGAGCUGCACGCGCCCUUCUCCGCGCCCGAGCUGCGCGCCGCGCUCGACCGCAUGACCGCCGACAACCACGUCAUGCUCGCCGACGACAUCGUCUUCCUCAUCUAGACACGCUCUGACCUCUAUUCGCCUCUUUACGUCGAGAUUUGUUCAUAACGAAAUAAUAAUCGCCGUAGAAAUCUUAUUCACCUGCAGCCCACCGUUCUUGUGCUAAAAUUUAAGAUGGCGAUAAAAAAAACAUCAUGGUGGUCGGUCGUUCGUACACUCGCGCAUCAUAUGUUGUCUUCGUAUCGUGUGAACGUGCUUUAUAUGGAUAAAUCCAAUACGAACGACCCAUUUUCAUAGAUUUUCGAGUGUGACGUAAUUAUCGGUGCCUACCUGAUUCGAUGAAGUAUAAUUUUCUCGCCUCGUUUAAAUGAUCUGUUUCUAAUCUUUAAUGAAAUGUCUGAUUUAUAUUUAUAUAACUAUGUUGUAACGCCGUAACUCCAAAUCAUUUAGAAAUUUGAUUUAUAAUUAUGAUUUUAAUUAAAAUGUUACAUAACGGAUGUGAAAAUCGUGUAUUGGUUCUAUCAUUAUUGAUGGUAGCAACAGUGCCUUAAAAGUACAUAUAUCGUCAUACAUCACAACGGUUGAUCGGUGCCUCCCGCCUGUAGUUAGAGUAGAGCAUUUUGAGAAUGCGUCUUGUGCCUAUUCGUUACUGUUACGUGUUAGUUAUUAAGUUUGUGUUUAUUACAUUACAAUGUUAAUAGUAAGUUUUGUAAUUGAAAAAUCAGAAUAAACCGAUUUUUACCGAA